AUGCUUGGCGGUGGCGGGGCCCACGGCCAUUAUUCGCACGGCUGCUCGACACACGUGUUUAGCGCCGAUCUUAUCGGACUUCGGUUCGAAAAGCACGAGGCUAAUCUUGGCCUUCUUUGUCUUUUGCAUAGACCUGUGGUGUUUGCUAUGGCGGAUGGGCAACUAGUGAAGCGUGCCAAGUUGAAGUCUUCAGUCAACAGCCCGGGAGUUCCCGGAGUCUUUAGAAUGACAAAGGAAAGGUUUUCCUUUACUGGAAAUGAGCCAGCCUCAGCUAAAACUCUUAAUGUGGAGUUUAGGACAAUUAAAGGGCAUCAAUUUAACAGGGUGGGUUCCAAUAAACCAGCACUUCUUAAACUUAAUCAAGACCAGGGUGGUGACAUUAUAUUUGAGUUUGACAAUAUUUCUGAUCGUGACGUUUGCAGAGAAUUUGUGGCUAUUGUGUUAAACAGAGUAAGAGAAAAAGUUACCUUUGUAAAGCCUACUCCUUCAUCCCAGGACGAACAGCUUAGCACAGUGGAAUUGGAGCACCGAAUCAAGUUACUUCAGGAGGACAACGAAUUGCGAAAGCUUCACCAGAAAUUCGUAAGUGGAGGUAUACUAAUGGAGGCUGAAUUUUGGGCUACUAGGAAGAAGCAGAGUGACAAAAGAAGGCUAAAGCAGAAAAUGGCCUUGAAGAAUGAAAUGUGGACUGUCAAACCCUUAUCGGAUGGUCAGAUAUUUGCUGAGAAACCUGCUGUCCGGCAAGCAUACUUGAAUUUUGUUCCAAACAAGAUGUCAGACAAGGAAUUUUGGACAAAAUUCUCGAGAGCCGAAUAUCUCCACAGCACUAAGAAUGUAGUUGCUGCUGCUGCUGAGGCUGCUGAAGAUGAAGAACUUGCUAUCUUUCUGAAGAAAGAUGACAUAUUGACAAAGGGAGCUCGUAAAAAGCUGAGACGUGUUGAUCCAACUUUGGACAUGGAAGCUGAUCUUGGCGAUGAUUACAUACAUCUCCCGGAUCGCAGUUUGUUUUCCAAAGUGAGUAAGGAUUUUCAGGAGACACAAUACGAUCCAUACAGAAGAUACUUCUCACAAAACCUCAAUCAGCAUGCUGCUGUUGUGCUUCAAGGAAGAAUAGUAGAUGAGCUUCGAGAUCCAAGGGCCAUGGCAGAAACAAUUGCCCGCACAGAACAAGUCGAGAUGUCUAAUGCUAGGUCCAACGGGAAUAUGGAGAAAGAUGUCUUGAAUAGGAUGUCAAGUAUGGCUGAGAUUGAGGAUCUUCAGGGCCCUCGAGAGCCUGCAGUUGCUCCCCUCUGUAUUACGGAUCCUGUUGACUACUUUGAUUCUCAACAAGCCAAUGCAUUAAAAGCAUUAGGAGAUGCUGCAUCUGAUGGAAAGACUUUAAAAUUUAACACAAGCCCAAGUGAAGCGUAUGGUUCUCUAAGAGACCAUAUAUCAGAAAUUAGAAUGACUGGGUUAAAUAAACCAAUCACAAAUCCAGAAAUUUCUUUUAAGGUUCUUAACGAAUUGAUUAAGAAUAUACCAAAGACUGAGUCCUCUCUUGGAAAGGACCAGAAUGAUGAGAGUGUCUUGGAAGGUUUGCCAGAAGUAACUAAAGACAGUGUCCGUGAUCAUUGGACUCCAAUCCAGGAGUUGUUGAAGCAUUUUUGGUCAUCAUAUCCAAUUACAACAAAGUAUCUCCAUGAAAAGGAAAUUAAGGAAUCUGUGCAGCCAGACAUUCGCCAUCAAGUUUCCUUGCUUGUCCAUCCAAUGCUUCAGGCUUUAGAUGCUGCGAUAGAACAUUAUGACGAAGAUAUGCAAAAGAGAUCUGCAAAGCGCGGAGAAAGACGGCAGACAUAGCUAAUUGAGAUCGGCUAAGUAAGCAUUUAGCUAAUCGAGAAUUUGAGAUGGGAUAAGCAUGUGGUUUCGUGUAGCUGAUGGCGAGUAAAUGAUAUUUUUGUCGUCAUUAAUUUUCAUGCAUUUGAACUCAAUAUAUACGUAACUAAAUGAGUCGAUCUUGGUAGUUGGAUUAUCCAGAACAUAUCUUGUUUUUUCUUUUCUUUUCUUUUUCCGCUUACUAAAGUGAUAUUAAUAGAGGUGCACAGAUUCUCCAAGGAUUAUUGUGUUUGAGCUCGCUUGAGUAUAUCUAUAUUUAUGUAUGCAUGCAUGCAUGUAAAUAUCGAACAUGAGAUUAAGCCAUGGGGAAAUAAAUGAGAAUAUGUUUCAG